CCAGAUCGGAAGAAGCUUUACGCGGAAAUUUUGAUUUGUAGAUGUUAGUAAAUAAAAUAUGGAUCGUGGUAAAGUGAAACCAACCUUCUUCAAUGAGCUACGCUGUCUUGGAAGAAAUGUGGAACGACAGACAGACUCUCUGAAGGCCAAGUUUGGCCAGACUGACAGACAGUUUUGCUAUCCUUUGGUUAUAAAGAAGGUCACAGAUACAAAACAGAGCGCCAAAGCAUUAAAUAAAAAGGUCCAAGAAGAAUCUCAAAAAGUGAGAGGCGAGAAUAUGCAUCUUGAGGAACUGUUGAGUGCUGCAACAGCUUUUCUGAGCAGUCAACAGGAAUCCCUAACACAGACUGAGGAAAUGUUCUGCCAAUAUGGUUUUCAUCCAUGGAAGAAGCCAGUAAAGACAGAACAAGGGAUGGAUGGACCUUCACCAGAACCAACUGAAUUUCAGCCCGAGUGCCUUACUGAUACGGACAAAGAUGAAGAUACAAAUCCAACAGCUCCCAAGACCCCGGUACAGAAUCCCCAGGGUGUUGAAAAGAGCGUUGGGCAGGAGGCCCAUGGUAACCGUACACCCCAGCUCGAAGACUUUGGGCUUUCCCAGGGCACGUUGAAGUUCCUGGAGUCAGUGGCUGUGGUUAAAAGGGGGCCGACCAAUAACGCUGUGCAGGAGAAGAAGCCAGAGCCUCGGAGAGCUCAUGACCCAAAUAUUCCGUCUUUUUUCCAACACAAUGGGAUUAUAACGACGCCUAGCCUGACCCGGGACCUUGGAAUUAUGGAUAGUACCAUCAACCAUGCAGCCCUCGCCAGCCCAAUAAUCUCCAGCCAAUCUUCAGGAGACAGCUGGGAGUUUAACAAACAGCCAUUCCCAGUUUCAAAUCUAAAAUUUGACGAAAACAAUGGCUCAGGUACUACCCCUCAAACCCCAGUACUUCGAACCCCAGGCUUUCGUGAGAAGUUCACCAACGCCCAAGCCCACAAUAAUUUGACAUAUUCCUGUGCCCAAAGUCAUGAAGAGCAAGGGUAUUCACACAAGCGCCCGGUAAAUGUUGGGCUCUUUAAGCCAGCCACCCAAAGUUCUGUGAAGGGAAAAUUGCCUGUGAAAGAUGAUGGAUUUCCACAGAGCCCUGAGCUUACUUAUAGUCUGGAGGAAAUUUCUGAGAUGACGGGCGUGUUCAAAAUAAACCCCGUUGCCCCUCCGCCUCCAGUUUUGUCAAGCCUUCAAAGCGGUGCUGACAAGGAAAAUGCCACGCCCCCUGAGCCAGAACUACUUUCCGAGCGGAUAAGCCGGAUCAAGCAAGCAGACAAAAUUCGAACUGUAAAUGAUAGUAAAACAACAGCGUUGUCGAACGACUUACCGGCUUCACCAAAAUUCCUGGGCUCAUACAAUUUCUUGAAGAAGUGAAAAGUGUUUUUAUAAUCUGUGGGAAGAUGUUCUAUGGGGUUAGAAUAUUGCAAAAAAUAAUGGGGUGGGUUUUCACCAAAUGCAGUGUUUAUUUUUAUGUUGUAUAUACAUUAGUUUAUAAUCUAUAAUCCUGUGUCAAUGUAAGAAAAGAGGAAGAAUCUUUCUCUACUGUGAUAGUUAUAGUUUUUUUUAAAGGCCCCAUUAAGGAAUAUUGGGCAUAUCAUGGUUAGAAUUUAGCGAUAUUAUUAUACACUCACAUUCUUUGUGUUUUAGUGCUAACUUGCAAAAUGACAAAACUCACUCGAAUAAUCUGUUAUAUGAUGACAUGAAUUAUCAUUGCCUUACAUAAGUUGCAGCUUCAAUUUAAUGCAUGUAUCUACAUCAAAAUA